AUGCGGAGCUAGUAGAAGCAGAGAAAGAAGGCGGGCGAAGGAGCCAAAGGGGAGCCAGAGUUAGGAACUCCCAGCGUGGUGCAGGCCUAGGAAGAGAGCGAAAGAAGGCUACGUGCAAGACAGCACAAGCACAGGGGAGCAGCGGGAGGACCCGAUUGUACCGAAUCAAGAACUUGGCGAAGAUAGUUCCCCUGGUGUUGGUGACUCUCAAGACCCUCCACCCAUGAUGAACUCCAUGCGCGAGACCGCCUCCCCAGAGCCCGAGGCCGGAAGGAGAUCGACGAGUGUUGACCUGCUCUCCUCGGGCACCCUGGUGCCAACCAUGUUCGGCGCGUCGCCGCCGCCGCCAUCGUCUACGACAAUAUCGCCGUCGGCGUCCCUGGAGGCACCGCGUGCGGGCGCGGCGGCAGCGGUGCCGGCGACAACGGGAGCGUCUGCCGCAGCGACGCCCCCGACGCCGCCACCGCCGCCGCCGCGCCCGGCGGCGGCGAUGCAGGGUUCCGCGAGCGCCGCCGCCGGGACGCCGCAGUGGCCGUGGCUGUUGCCUGACCGGGAUGCGGCUGCUGAUGCGGCAGAGGCGGCGGGCAACGAGACCGAUCUUUUGCUCUCGUUCUCGCCCGCGGGGUCCCCGAGAACGAGCCCGAUCGAACGAGGGAGAGCUUUGUCGGCGGUGCCGGCAUCAGUGUCGCCGUCGGCCGCUACUUCCUCGCACCGAAGGGGAUCAUCGACGCCACCGCAGUUGGGGGUGCAGGAACAGCACCAGAUGCUGAGGGGCUCGUUCUCGAUACGAGAGGCGAUGUUCGAGAGCGCCGCGGCGGCAGCACCAGCAGCUUCGCCGACCCGGGGCCCCGAACGGGAGUUAUCGUUUUCGAGCCGGGACGCCCCGCGUCUGCCCUCGAUCGGCGGCACUCACCCCGAACGCCUCGCCGCGGCAGAAGCGUCGGGGGCGGCAGCAGCCGCGGUGGAAGACGCGGAAGCAGCGGCGGGAGCGCAGGCGGCGGGUGAGGCUGCCACAGCGUCAGACUUCGCAUCUGGCGGCGGGCGCGGGCGUGCGGGGGGGAGAUCUCCGCGGCCUCGCCUGCACGGACGGCUGGACGCGACAUCGGCGGCGGCGGCGGCGGCGGCGGCCGAACGCCCGCGAGCGGUCACCGCUCGGGGCGCGCCGCAGGAUGAGUCUCUCACUGCGGAGCAGGCGCAGGCGAUCAUCGACGCGGCGGACAUGGCGGCCGCUGAAGCGGUGGUCGCGGCUGCCGAGGCCCAAGAGGCGAUCGCCGUCGCCACGGCCACGUCGCCGUCGAGGACGGCGUUGGGUAUUGUGGUUGCGGCGGCGGCGGCUGGGACGGAAACGGGGACCGCGGCGGCGGCGGUUUCGCAGCGGGAGUCCGCCGUGCGGCGCACCUUGCGGAUUAUGACCGCCGACGACGGGGACGAUGCGAUGGCGGUACGCGUGCAAGCGCCACCAGCGAUAAGACGCGUGCAAGCGCCACCUCCUCAGCGAGCGGCGGCGACCCCCAGCGGCGGCGGUGGCGGCAGCGGUGGAGCGACCAUGUCGGAAGAGGAGGAAGUGGCGGCGGCAGUGGCGGCGGUGGCGGAGCUGGAGGCGAGGGACCGGCUGAGUUUUGGCUCAGUGAACGUCGAAGUGGCAGGCCCGGUCGUCGAGCGGGGACGGGCGAAGAGCGGCGCGGGAGGAGCCGGAACUUUGAGGUGUGCCCUGUGCAUGUCCACCAACGUGUCAGUCGUGCAUCCUCCUGGCGGCAACAACCGUGGGAACCGCAGCAGCAGCAGCAGCAACAAGAACUGCCGCAACUGCUGGAGAGUAGUGUGCGAUGACUGCGUCGGGACGUUUUGGGCCAGGAACAUGGUGCCGCCUCGCUACGCCUCUGAACGUGACGGUUUCAGGAUGCGGGUUUGCAAGACCUGCAACGCGGCGAUGGAGGCGUUCCGGACGGCGCUCCUCCUGGGGCGGGCGGAGGACGCCAUGUCCGCCUAUAGCACCGGCUGUGUUAACCUUGACCGCCCGUACACCGUCUUCCACGGCGAGCUUCCCGUCCACUGCGCUGCAGCGGGUGGCAACGUGGGCCUCCUGUCUUGGCUGGUUGAGGAGCUGGGCUGCCCGAUCUUCACGGACAGCGAUAAAAAGGUGCCCAUAAAAGACCUGAGGUCGCUGACGGUUCUCGGCGCCGCGGCGGUGAACGGGCAGGUGCAGGCCAUGCGCUACCUUGUGAACCAGCAGGGCUGCUCCGUCUCGGAGAUCAAGCACCUGCCGACGCUCAAGAUAGCUCUUGACGCUUGCCUACAUGGCUCCGCCAAGACAAGGGACGCCGAGCGUAGCCGCUACAGAGCGAACGGCAACGACCCAGACCCCCUCGGAAGUGCCGGAGGCGUGUGUUUCGGCAGUCGUUCAACGGCGAGCCUGACGACCGCUGCGGCAGAAGUCGAGACGGACAACUGCUGCAUCGUGUGCUUCGACAACGAGGUGGACUGCACGCUCGUCCCGUGCGGGCACCACUGCUGCUGCAUCACGUGCGCGUCCAAGUUCAGCCUCUGCCCGGUGUGCCGCACUACCGUCACCCACAAGAUUAAAACCAUCCCGGUGUGACGCGCUUCCCCCGUUCCCGUGUUCCGUCUAGAACUUGGGGGCGAUUUUCCCAUGGGUCGCGGCUGCUGCUGCUGCUGCUGCUGCUGCUGCUGUGUCGCGUUGUCGGCAAAGCAAGAUUCACGAACGAGUUGUUGAGCACCCGAGCAGGAUGCGUGGUUAGUGUGGGGGUGCUUUCUGUCGGGGGGGGGGGGAUGCGUGCGUGAAGACCAGGAACGACUCCAGCGCGCGAUGUCGAAGGAUUUCCUCCGAUUGGCACACGCUGCUGGAAGCUUCCAAAGGCUGCAACUUGCUCUGCAUCUAGGGUUUUAGUACAUGGGUGCCGCCAUCGAAGUUCUCUCGGUCGGCCUGCCUUGCAUUGGAGAAUUUUAGAAUAUUUACUCGUUUGGCAAGGGACGGGCGUUGCAUGUGGGUAACAAACUGCAGAGGUUCGGUGUGAAGAACUCCGAGGUUUUGUAGUGAUGGCGGCGUUAUUGUUGAUCGGUAAUCGGCGGAACAGCAUCAAAUGCCCCCCCACCGUUAGAAAACAAUCCGGCGAGAGACUGGGCGCAGAUGCCCGCGGUAUUGCCGUCAUCUUUGCGGUGGUGCCAUCCCCAUCAUUUCCGCCAUCAUUCGGGUGGCGAUCAUUUGUGGUAGUGUCCUUUGUGUGCUCUCUGUUUUGUUUUUUACCGCCUUCUUUGUGCCUGCGGUGUACAUGGCUAGUAGAAUGGAGAAUAAAAUGUUCCAUGUAUUUUUUCGUUAACCACCGUAUUUUGCCUGCGGUGUUUGCGGCUUAUUUGUUGUAGCGGAUUUCGGGAAAAGCGUUAGGGUUUCAUCUCAUUGGAUGUCAUGCUGUCCUUGACGACACGCGGCUGGUCGGUACAAAGGGCACGACGUUUUUUCCCGCUCGCUUCGGUGGCAUUGACGCGCUGGUAUCACAUUCGAUGGAACUGUAGGUGUGGCAUAUUUCGUGGAACUGAGUAUGUGGUGGGGAUUCCCUGUGCCAGUUUUUUUUUCUGGCGGCCGAACGGGUGUGUGUGGGAUGUCUCCCGUUGGUGUUUUGAAGUUGAAUGUUUUCACGUUUCGGCGCAUGUGUGUUGGGCGCAGCAGCUGGCUACAUGAGAACCAAGCGUAGGCCGGUCACGGUAGCGCUUUGUGGUGUCCAAAUUCUAGUAGGUCGGCCGCAGAGGUGCUUUUGUCGUGUCAAUUCUCCGCCUGCCUUGCUCGCUGAUUUGUUGUUGCGUCUCGAGAAGGCUAGUCGGUUCGAUCGAUAGCAGGCCGACUAGCCUUCUCGGAGUAACGGAUCUUUCGGGUUGUACAAAGAUUUAAAUCAAAUAUCUUGUAAGCCUGGUGUGAUUAGCAUGUUCUUCUCAACACUUGGUCGUUGUAUAGGCUGCAACCCUUCGAUUGCGGGUGUUGUUUUCGAAGGGGUAGUCUCUGUCGUUGUAUGUAUGCGUGUUUCUGCAGUCAGUAGGGGAUACUCCGCACGAUACGUGGGCCCUUUUUUGUGCCGUCGGGGUUCCGCGGUGGGUAGAUAAAGUCGAGCCCUUGGUACCUCCAUGUCGUUCUACCACGUUAGCACCGACCGCAAUCCGGGCCGGGGUUGUUGCUUUUCUGCUGUCUGCAUGUGAUCGAUGUCAUAUCUUCGUUCGAGUAAGACAAAAACACUGAACUGAAUGAAUGGGCGGUGAGGCACC